AUGUACCGGCUCCAACUUGUUAUGCUGGCUCGUCUCACUGGUGAACUUGAUGAAGGAGUAAAUAUUGUGGGGCAUCCAAAUGCUAGCUUGUCAUACCGCCAAGCAAGCCACGCUGUGAUUUUUCUGGUCAACCUUACACAACUGUCAAGCUGUCUCGUCGUUGGUGUUAUGCGCAGAACCGUAUGGCUGGCGAAGCGCCAAAGCAAUGGCCUCGCUCGCAACACCCGAGAGCAAAUACUCAGAAGCCCGAGGCCAAAAGAUGAGAAGCCAAAUUCAAUCGUAAAUACAGUUUCAGGGUCAGGGGAAUCUUCUCACAAUGACGGUGGGGAUAACGGCCCCAUCUGGAGGACCGCUGCGUCCAAGAUGAUAGAGGGCUGUGCGACCGCCUUCGGAUCAAUCCUCAUUCUAGGGAUCGCGGGCUAUUCCUACAAUGUCUACUACAAGUCCCACGUGCUGAGCAAGAUGGAGAACGCCUUCGCGUUGGGCUACUCCUCCGUGGAGAUGGCUGCGCUCAGCCGCCACGUCGAAUCAGAAGGAUCCCACGCCGAGCUAUUUCAAGCAGAGACUUUUGAGGAUAACGACUGGAUACCGCGCGAUGAACAGGCGAUCAUCGACGGGAUCGUUGAUGGGAGCAUCCGUGGCCAGUACCACCUCAUCACAGGCGAGAAGGGGACAGGUAAAACGUCAAUGUUGCUCAAGGCCAUGGGCAAGAUCGGUGGCGAGGGAGUCGCUAUGUUUGAAGCGCAUGGAGACCCUGAGAUCUUCAGGGUGCGACUGGGCAAGGCGCUAGACUUCGAGUUCCACGAGGACUACGUCGGUAGUCUCUUCAGCUUCAAAGGACCACGCGACACAACGGCCUUACUAGACAUCGAGCGCGCCUUCAACAAAAUGGAGAAGAUCGCGUUAAGACGCAAGGAGAAAGUCGGAAAGCCGUUGGUCUUGAUUAUCACUGGGGCGCACCUGAUACGAGAUGACGAGGACGGCCAGGAUCUGCUGGAGUUGAUCCAGCAGCGUGCUGAGCUCUGGGCGGCUAGCAACUUGGUGACUGUAGUUUUCAAUAGCGACGAUUACUGGACCACAGAAAGAUUGACGUGGCAGGCCACCCGCCUUCGCGUGACCCCUGUCCGCGACAUCCCCAAAGACAUUGCCAUCGAGUCCCUACGACAGUUCCGCAAAACCUCUCGCGGAGAGAACGUUCCGACGGAUAUCUUGGAGCAGGUCUACAGCAAGAUCGGCGGCCGGCUCAGCUUCCUCACCCGCGCUGCAAAGUCUCCAGACAUGAUCAAGACCUGCAACACAAUCUGCGAAAAGGAGAGGCGCUGGUUGUUGAACAAGUGCUGGAUUCUGGGGGCGGAUAUGGAUCCCGGUGCUGAAAAUGAACAAGAUCUGUCUUCGGCUGCCAUGCUUCUCGCAAAAGCCUUGAUAGAAAAGGAGCAGGCUAUGCGAGCAGCCGGAACCUACGAUGGAAGGUUGCCUCAGAUUCCACUGCACAAGGCGAGAGAGUUGAUUACCAAUUCGGAAUGGGUAAAGAUGCCACACCACAACAAUAUCUUCACCAUUGACCCGGAUGGGAUGGUCCAGGCAGACUCAGUAGCGAUGUACUGGGCCAUGAAGGAAGUGUGCAGUGCCGAGGGCUUCGAUGAACACCUCCGCGCCACACUGGAGCGGCUGGAUGAGAUCGAAAGUCUUCAAAGGACGAGAGAGGUGACACUGAAAGACCUGGCUGGCAAUGAACAAGAGUAUCGGGCCACGAUCGAGACGAAUCCAAAAGGUGAAAAGGCUUGGUCAGUCAAGCUCGUGCCAUCCGACUCAGGUGCCGGCUGA